AGAAGGGAGGCGCAAAGCAGAGGAAAAGAAGGGAAGAGCGAGGCGUGAGAUCAAGAGAAGCGCAGGGAGAGGAGAGCGAUGAGGCCUUUCCACGGCGACGUUGCUGGCCUGACGUCGCUCCGUCUCCGUCGGCUCCUCUGCUUCCUCAGCCGCUGGAAUCUCUCCGACACCGCACACGCGCUGGAGCAGGAGACGGGUGUGUCCUUCAUGCCGGAGUACCUGCGGCCGCUGCUGACCCAGGACAAGUGGGCGGAAGCCGAGGCGUACGUGGCGGGCCUCGUCGACCUGGAGGACUGCAGCCGGCUGGCCAGCCUCGUCCUCGCACGCAUCCGCGUCUUCGGCGUCAUGUCCAAGUUCGCCGUCGGGGAGGCCAGCACCGCCUCCGCCGCUUCCUUCCGACGCGCCGAGGCCGGCCUCCUCGCCCACCCCGACCUGCACGCUGUCCGCCGCGUCCUCGAUUCCAUGCGCUCCGACCCAGUCAAGGCCUCAAGGCUGUAUGGGCACAUCCAUCCCGGGGCAGUGGAGGCCAUCAUGAAGUGGGUCGCUAAGUGCCCGGAGCUCAAGUUCAAGAUUCGACCACCACCUCGUUGCCCCUUCGAUCGUACCUACAUCGUGUCUCUUGGUCCUAGGUUCUGGGAAUGCAAAAGAAGGGGUCAGAAGAACAAAGCUGGUCGUCGAAUCGCGGCACAUAUCAUUGCUCGUUGCUUUAUGCAAAGGAGCAGUGGAGGUUUUUUUUAAAGAGUUCAGAUUCAGAUCAGGCAUCAUCUCCAAGAAAACUGCUGCGUCAAGCUCAGAAGGCUGAAACCUAUCUGGUCUUCUUUGUUUUAUGUUGGUCUUAAAUGUGUUAUCCUUGCUUGUUGGCUAGUCAGAGAAGAGACGGCGUGUGCGUCUGUGUCCGGGGUUUGAACCCUGAACCGUAGGUGUUGUGCUGGCAACUCAAGCAGUCUGUAAGACUGUUUUAUUUUUCAUUUGGCCUUCUGAAAGCUAGGUAAUAAAAUUUAUUUCUUUUAAAGAA